UUUUUCUGCUGUGGUCAGGAGUAUAUCAACUCUUCAACAUCUCUUUGCUGUGUGGACAAUGAAGGAAAUCCCACAAUACACCCUUCUGGCAAUGCCACAAUAAAGCUGCAGUGCUGUGGAUCUACGGUCAUACACCAUGAAGAGGAAUGCUGCAAUGGGAUUGGCUUUGACCCCCAGCGUCACGUGUGUGCUGACCAACCCACACCAGGCCUCUUUAUUCCACACCAGUGUUUGCAGGGCGCUGUGUGUCCCGUAGCUGCGGCAGCAACAGCUUACUGUGGCUCCUGUGACCUUGAUCCAUCUCUGGCUGCCUGCACAUGGGUCCUGACUGCACACACGCACCCUGACACACCAUUCACAGAACACUCUCCAUUCAUCAGCACCACACCGAAAGACCUCACUAUGGGCCUGUCGACACAUACAAACAGAAGUAAUAACACUUACAAAAUGGUUGACACGUACACUAACACACACUCCGUUUCUGAAAGAAGUCUUUGCCCCACACAUGAAGAGGUAGUGUACAGCGGAGAUGCCAGCAUUUACACCUAUACAGACUCUGACCUGGAGCCCUUUACUACUUAUGAGUAUAGAGUGAGGGGCUGGAACAGCUUUGGUCGGGGCUCCAGCAAUGUCACAAAAGUUAGGACCAGUGAAGACAAACCAUGGGGAGUGGCCCCACCGCGCUGGAAUCGCCUUGGUGACCGAGAUGACAUCAUCCAGCUCCAAUGGCAAGCUCCUGCCAGGCCUAAUGGCGUGAUCACCCACUAUGUUAUACUGCGGGAUGGACGUGAGCGUUACCGUGGAGAUGAAAACAGUUUUACUGAUGUUGGUGGGAUCGGGCCUUUUCAAGAAUACAGUUACCAGCUGAGGGCUUGUAAUCGGGCUGGUUGUACUGACAGUACAAAGGUGGUGGCGUUGACAGUCCAGGGAGUCCCAGAGGACGUCCAGCCUCCGAUCAUAACAGCUGAAAGCCCCUCUGCCCUCCACCUGAGCUGGUCUGAACCCUCUCGUCAGAAUGGAAUCAUCCGGCAGUACCACUUAAACCAGACCGGUGUUGGGACCAUAUUUACCCACGCUGGUGGACCCAGAAAUUAUACUGUGACGGGUCUGCAGCCAUACACUGACUACGUUUUUGUGCUGGUGGCCUGUACAUCUGUUGGGUGUGGAGCCAGCCGGCCAUCUAAAGGACGCACCCUGGAAGCCGCACCUGCUGGUGUAUGGUCAAGGCCAAGACACUUGAUAAGAAAUACCUCUGCGGUGGAACUGUACUGGGACCAGCCAGAUCAGCCGAAUGGACACAUCCUCCAGUACAGGCUGAUCAGAGAUGGCCUCACAGUUUUUACCGGAAACUACCGUGACCAGAAUUAUACCGACACUGGACUCCUUCCAAAACACAGGUACUUGUAUGAGCUGGAGGCAAGUACCAAGGGUGGGAUUGGUCUGAGCGACAAAUACGCUUUGCAAACACCAGUCUCCUGCCCCGCUGGAAUCCCACCUCCCCAAAAUGUGACAGUGUCAGGCCCCUUCUCCAUCUCUCUUUCCUGGUCUUCUCCAGCUCAAGUAAACAGCAGGCAGCCUGUGAUCUACAACAUCCUACUGAAUCCAGAGAGUCACAGUGCCAUAACACGUCAUGCUGGGCAAGACUUGCACAUCUCUGUGACAGGUCUACAGCCGUUCAGCUCUUAUUACAUAAGAGUGCAGGCCUGUCAGAGAGGGGGAUGUGGAGUGGGAGACGGUGUUUAUGUUAAGACUCUAGAAACUACCCCAGAAGAUCUGUUGGCCCCUACAGCAAAGGCAGCUGGGGCUCAAGUCAUAGAGAUCAACUGGUCACCCCCGUUAAAGCCAAAUGGACUCAUCACCUCCUACCAUAUAUACAGGCGUCCAUUAGGAACAGAGGAGGAGCUGCUGAUCUACAUCUGGUCCAGUGGCCCACUUGAGUUUGUUGAUGCGAGUCCCUCCCUACGGCCUUACAGCUACUUCCAGUAUAGGGUUCGAGCACACAACUCUAAAGGCUCAGUUCUGAGUCAGUGGACAUUAUCCCAGACGUUACAGACCAUACCGCAAGAUAUGGGCCCUCCUGUUGCCACGCCCUCUGGUGCUUACUCAAUUCAUCUGAAAUGGAGUGAACCAGGACAGCCAAAUGGUCUCAUUUCCCAUUAUAGACUGGUUUACAAGAAACACCAACAGGAUCCAACAAUCAACUCAACCACUGUUACAGCUCUCACCGUCGAGGAUUCGGUCUUCGAGGCAACAGUCUACGGAUUUGAACCAUACAGUCAGUACAGUCUCUGUGUGGAAACUGUGAAUGGAGCAGGAAGUGUUUUUAGCCCAUGGGUGGACAUUAGGACCCUUGAGGCCUUCCCCUCUGGCUUGGUGAACUUCACAGUUGAACAUAGAGAGCAGGGCAGGGCAUUGCUCCUCAGCUGGGAUGAACCACGUGCUCCGAAUGGAGUCAUCACGAUGUAUAACUUGUACAGUGAGGGGAACCUGGAGUUCAGCGGGCUUUCACGUAGUUUCCUUUUCCGUCGUCUGGAGCCAUGGACAAUGUAUUCUCUGAUUCUUGAAGCUUGUACCUCUGCAGGAUGCACACGCACCCCUCCUCAGCAUAUCACCACAGCAGCAGCACCGCCUGCUUCUCAGCUCCCUCCCAGGCCUCUCUCCAUUGGCCCAGACCAAGUGUCCCUUACCUGGGGACCUCCCUCACAGCCCAAUGGGCCAAUUGGAGAGUAUUCCUUACUUGGGAGAAGUAUUGAAGAAAAAGGAAUGGCACGAAGUAAUGAGGAAGAUGCAGGCAAGGGGAAAGUGCUCUUUAGAGAAAUGCCCCCACAAGAAGCAGAAACCUUAUCCUUCACAGUAACUGGUUUGCGUCCCUGGACACAAUAUGAGUUCAGUGUCUGCACUCACAAUCCAGCAGGACACACAUGCAGCCCCUGGGUAACAAUAACAACCAGGCAAGCCCCACCCCAUGGUCUCACUGCUCCAACAGUGCGUCAUCUCUAUGGCCGACCCACUGAGGCUGAAGUGUCCUGGACUCCUCCUUUGGAGCCAAAUGGGGUUCUUAAGUCCUACAGGAUUCAAAGGAACAACGUCAGUUUCUCAUUCAGCUUUGACCCAACUGUCCUAGCAUACACAGACGUAGACCUGCAGCCAUUUUCAACUUAUAGCUACUCGGUGAUUGCCUGCACGUCUGAGGGAUGUACCACCAGCCCUCAGACAAACAUAACAACAUUGGAGGCCCCCCCAGCGUCAGUGGAGGCUCCCAUUGUGAAUGUCAUCACAUCCAACAGCAUAAACAUUUCUUGGGUUAAACCGCUGAUGCAGAAUGGAGAAGUGAAAGAAUAUGUGCUAAAACUGAACAACAUGGAGGCUUAUCGCGGGACAGACCACAGUGCAGUGUUGUCGGGUCUUAAGCCACAUACACCAUAUCAUCUGCUUUUGUUGGCUUGUACCAGUGGCGGUUGCUCGACCAGUGUCCCAGUGUCCACUGUUACUGAGGAGGCUCCUCCCACUGAUCUGGCCUCCCCGAUUCUUAAGGUCACUGGUCCAGAGUCAGUGGAGAUAAGCUGGACACCACCAGAACACCCCAAUGGCAUAAUCACUGGGUAUGAACUUCGGAGAGAUGGUGAAGUUGUCUAUAUUGGCACAGAGACUCGUUAUCACGACUUCACACUUCAGGCAAGUGUGGAAUAUAACUACGUUGUCAGGGCCAACAACAGCAGAGGGGCCGUGAGCAGCGAGGUAGCCAUAGCAAAGACCCACCCAUCAGCUCCUUCUGGGGUGGGUCCCCCAGCACUAACAGCCCUGGCAGCAAGUCAGGUGAGAGUAGAGUGGCAGACUCCAGUCCGUCCGAAUGGAGACAUAGUGAGUUACACUGUGUAUCUGAGGGAUCCAGUCCAUCUUAGCAUCAAUAGCACUGUGUUCACUCCAGACGAUAGUGCCUUCUCUGAGAGAUUCACAACUCUACAUGGGCUGGCCCCUUACCACAGGUAUGAGGUGAGAAUUGAGGCUUGCACAGCACUGGGAUGCUCUUCCAGUGACUGGUCCUCCAUACUCACGCUGGAGGCUCCCCCUGCUGGACAGAUGGCCCCUCUGUUAGACCUCCAACUUGACAUGCACACCAGCCUGCAAACAAGCUUUCUGCUCACCUGGUCUCCUCCGGUUCAGCCGAAUGGUAAAAUUCAGCAUUACGAGGUGCAUCGCUGGCUGAACAUCACUGAUGACACCCUCAGAAGUGAUGCAGCAAAAGUUGUCUACAGAAAUGUCUCUCCUUCAUACAAAGAUAGCGGACUCCACCCCUACACAGUAUACCACUAUCAGGUGUGGGCAGUGAACUCGGCUGGUUAUUCUGCCAGUCCUUGGGUCAGUGGGAGAACGGGACCUGCCCCACCCGAGGGCGUUGCUCCGCCUGUUUUCCUGCGUGUUUCAGCAACCUCAGCAGUGGUGGACAUCCAUCCUCCGGCUGAGCCCAAUGGAAUUGUUAGUCUCUACAGAGUGUUCUCAUUGGACCACAACAAUCGGACUCUGCUCUCAGAGGGUACUUCCCUUCAGCAGAUUCUUCAUAGUUUGCGUCCGUACACUCACUACUGGGUUGGGGUUGAGGCCUGCACCUGUUACCAGUGCUGUAGCCAGGGUCCUUUGAGAAAACUCCACACCCUUGCAGCUCCCCCCGAUGACCAGCCGCCUCCUCGCCUUAUCGCUCUGACCUCUCGCUCCGUUCAGCUGGAAUGGGAUGAGCCUUUUGCACCUAAUGGAGUCAUUGAAAGCUGUGAGCUUCAUUUCAGGUCAUCCUGCCCACAGCCUGCCCAGCCCAUACCAUUCCAUUGCACUGAAGGACCAAUAAAAAUCAGUUUCUUUGGUAAAAAGAGGACCUACAACGUAACAGGUCUCCGGCCAUACUCCAGCUAUGAUGUGAGAGCUGCCUGUUUCAAUAACAUGGGCAGCACUGCCUCCAACUGGACUACAGUGAGCACACUCAGCGAAGCCCCCCAGUAUGUGUCCCCUUUUACGGUGGACAGUAACCUCACAGUUAUUUGGCUGGACUGGAGGGAUACCUUUUCUCUCAACGGAUACCUGAAGGAGUACACUGUGACAGAGAGCCAGUUGAGGGUCUACACUGGCUUUUACAGUUAUCUUCAUAUUCCUCGCACCUCGCAGAAAACUCUAUCAUUUCAGGUGUCCUGUACCACAGACAGUGGCAGUGCCAGCACUCCCACCAUAAGAUACAGCCCAGCCUCGGGCCUAGGUCCACUUGAACCAGUGGAUACGGGUAAACAGGGUGUCAGCAUGUCAGCUACACCCGUUUACUCAGAACUGUGGUUCAUCCUGCUGUUUGCCCUGCUGGGUCUGUUUCUACUUGCCAUACUGCUGGGAUUAGUGCUCCAAAGAGCCUUGAGGAAAACUCCAUCAGCUCGAGAGCGCCCUCCACUGGUCAUGCUCCAGAAAACCAGAAAGGCCGGAGGAGAAACGUACACGAGGCCCUCUCCUGAGCUGUGCUCUAAACAUCUCUACAGCUCUAUGCUCUUCUCUGGCACAGGUAUGACAGACACAAAGAUCAGCGGCAGCAGCUCAUGCUUCAGCCCCAUGUCUGUCCUGCAGGCACCCAGCCACACAGAGCUCAGUCAGGGUUUCUCCCAGCAUUCCCUGCACCGCAGCGUCAGUCAGCUGAUUGACAGGAAGUCUCUGAUGAUGGAGGAAGGAAGCUGGGAUAACCCACUUGGACAUGAUUCUGGACUGUAUGUGGAGGAAGAUGAACUUGUGGACACCAUUAAGGCCUUAAGUUCUGUGAAGAAGGAGCACACCAUGUUCACCGACACCCAUCUUUAAAACAAGGUUCCUACACAUCUAAAGUAUGAACUGAUGCUAUUUGGUAUUGUUUUGUUGCCGGCUAGAUUAGGCCUAACAGCCUUAAUGUCUACAUUUUAGCAGAUACCAAUUUACAGGUUCAUUGUGAAGCCUCUGAGAUGAAAAUGCAUCCACAUCCAGAGUAUGUUGCAUUAAAGCAGUCCUUGUAGGGUGUUUUAUGAAUCUUCUUGUUAUCUCUGCCUGUAGUAGUUAGCCGCUAGAUCACCUUUAAUAAGCUCAACUCCUACUGUCUAUAAUCAGAUCCAUCCAGAAAUGUGUUCAAGUCAGUCAAAUAGUGACUAAUCUGAGUAAGAAUAUACGUUAUCAGCAGCAUUUGUGUGUUAAUUUGUGAAAAGACACAUGGCCUUGAUGUUAUUUUCUCUAAAAUGCCAAUUCUUUUUUAUUUAAAUGUGGCUGGGAGUCACAGAUGUGCCCUCUUAUUGUUGUGAUUACUGUAUGUGAUGUAACUUCAACUUCUAAUGAGACUGUUUUACAUGGGGAUGUCUUUCUGUUUACUGUUGUUUGUAAUGUAGAAGAACAAGUCAGAUAGUUAAAUCAGUCAGUAAGCAUGGCUAAACAGUUUAUUUGUGGCUUCAAGUAACUCGUCUUUAAGUCAACAACACAAUUAGUUGAAAGUAAAAAAUCUUUGCAAUAUGCUGUUUUGUUAGUUUUUAAACAUUGUCUUUAGUUUUCACAGCUUGGCCUAGAAACAGUAUUAUCAGUGGGAAACGUUUAUGGAUUAUAAUGUUUUUGUGUACGAUAAUGAAGUCUGUGACGACAUUUUUUUAUACUUGCAGUAUUAUUUAUGGUUGUUUUAAGAAACUCUUAUUUAUAGAUGAAUAAUGGAUCAAUGCUCUUGUAGUUUC